AUGAGUGAUACAACAUCACAAUCAAUUUUCCUGGGCACUCUCAACGUGAGAGGCCUUCAAGGCAUAGCUCGCACUGAAUAUAAUAAAGAAAAAAACCCAAAAAAACACUUACUAAGAUACUUACGCUCCUCUUCCCCCUCCCCUCUCCUUCAUAUAUUAGCUAUUCAAGAACACAACGUGACUCCCCCCUACUACCAUAAUAUCGAUUUACACCUCCAAUCCCAUCAAUCCCUUUGGACCCCUCACUGUGCACUCUUUAGUUUAGACUCCAACAUCCAAUUGCAUCUCGUUAAUAGCUGCCUCUCUGGCCGUGUCUUACUGGCUCGGGUAACGUAUACCAACAACAACAUCGAUCCCUUCUACAUCAUCUGCAUCUAUGCUCCAGCAACAUAUUCACCACGCCGUCAAUUCUACCACGAAUUAAGCACCACCUGGUCCACUAUUGCCAGCCCCAGCAUUCUCCGUCGCUGUUUCCUCAUGGGCGACUUUAACCUUCAACUGCAUCGACGCACCAACCAUUGUCCAGCCUGGCGCGACAUUAUCUCUCAACAUUUUACCGAUUGCAUCACAGAACCGGGAGACAAACCACUCCCAACUUUUAGGAGCCACUGCGCCCGCACCACCAUCGAUUACAUAUUUCGCAGCUCUGAAUUAAUUUCAACUACACCCAACGUGCAUUACCUCAACUCAUCUGAGUGGACUGAUCACUGUUUGGUAACCACAGCCUUACCCCUCCCCUUCAGAACAGGCCCAGGAAUCUGGCGCCUCCACCCUUAUUACCUCACCCAUGAUGACUAUGUUGAGAAACUAGACUACUUGUUUGAUGUUAUUCAAAAUGAUCCAACCACUAACAAUCACAGCCCGCACGAUCAAUGGGACAACCUCAAAGCAGCUGUAAAGCAACUUAGCAUCACCUAUGGGCGCCACCUGAAACGCUCUCAUCAACAAACCCAACAUCUAUACCGUGAACGUCUUCGAAUCCUUCGGAAACAACAACCAAAUCGAGACCGCCUACAAGCAAUCGAGUCAACCAUCGCCUCAAAACAGCUAGACGACAUGGCCACACUGGCCCUCCGAGCCAAGCAAUGCUGG